GUUAUUGUUCAACAAAUUGUCAGACUGCUUAUUGAUCUAAAUUGAAGCAAUCAAUUUUAUAAUGAAAAAGAAUCAAAUUUGUCAACACAAAGACGUUUUUCAAAGAAUGAAUUAUUUGUAUCAGGCUAGUCAUCUAAUGGCAUUAAAGAAUCGAGUUAUGGCAUCUUACUUUGGUAAUCAUAUGUUUGCUUGUGCUAAGAAGGCAGUAUUGCGCACGGAACCAAAUUUAAAAAGAACUAUAUGUAAAUGUUGUCAAAGUCCACUCAUACCUGGGGAGACAGCAAGAGUUAGAUUAGUAUCAAAGCCCAUAAAGGGUGUCAAAUGGACGUGUUUAACUUGCAUGAAUAGUAAGAGGUAUCCUACAACAAAAGGACACAAAUUAUGGCUCGAUCAGCCAGAAUCACUGGUUCGGAUAUUAGAUUUUACACCAAAAUCAAAAAACAAAAACUUUCAGGAACUUGGCUUUGAAAGCAAUCUUGAGGAAAAAAAAGAACAAACUGAAAACUAUCUUAGAAAUCCUACAAGUUGAAUUGUUUGAACAAUGCCAAUCAAGAUAAAAGUAAAGAAAAGCAGUUGAUCUCAAAUAGGUCCAUGUAUUUUACAGAUUAAUUCAAGAUCUGGUGUAUGAAUAUUUUUUAUU